AUGAAUCUGAUACCAGGGUGUGAGUUAUCGGGCAGAAGUGUUUUCUACCUUUUGAGCGGUGAGUUUGAUAACAAGUAUGGCCCAACUAUUUCGUGUCAAUACCCUCGAGACAUACCGGGCUUCGGCUCUGUGUCGGGAGAUCGAGACAUUGAUAGUGCUUCCUCGUUGGCAAGCUUGCUGAUCCCUACUAACGCGGAGCAUCGAACGCUUAGUGCGCCGGACAGCAAUGUGUUUACACUGUUCUUGAAUCAGCACAGCAGGAAUUACCAGUUGCUGCCGUCGUUCGGUAUGGUAACUAUGGAAACGGACGUCAAGGAUCCUCUGAGACUUAACUUCGUGAAUGUGGUCAAAACAUUGAGAGAUGAAAACAACUCAAGGGGGGCAAAAAUACGGUCGAUUGCCUUGGGAACAACAUUGGGGAAUGUCGAGGCUUUAAAACCAUUUCUAACCGAGGCUCUGGUGCAUAUAAUGCAUGCGAGCGACGUGAACGAAAUAAAAGAGGUGUUGAUGAGUUGUUUUCAGGCUCUGAAUGGAUUGGAUCUCUGCACCGUCGAAACGAGUCUCCACAAAAAUCCCAUCCAGCAAACAUUAUGUUCGGUACGAAGAAAGAGUUUGCUGCAAAGACUACUUAGCGAUGACACACAGCUUGGUAGAGAUAUUCUCAAGAUACUCGAUCUCGGAUCUGGCGACAAAUUUGGAAAUAAGAUCGAGCUUAAGAAAGGGAAGCUACUACUGCACUUCAAACACAGCUCAGUCCAAAGUCCGUUUGAAAACUUGAUUCAGAAGCCGAUUGAGAUGAGUCUUUUCAGUUACACAGCAUCGCAUAUUAAAAUUGGCAAUUUACUGGUGUUUCGCUUCUUACAGAAACUAAUCCCGGCGCUUGCGAAAUUGUCUUCAAGCGAUUAUUCAUUCAGAAUAAUUGUCAAUUCACAUAAGUUACCCAAGGAGCAAAUCUGUCAAUUCGUAGUCACUUUAUCUCAACUGAUGGGGUGCUUCAGCGAGGCAGAAGGAACGCAAUACUACGAUGGCGCAAACGUGCUUAUUCUACCGUACGCAGAAGUUUCCAUGAUAAAGAGCAUAAAAGAAUUUUUCACAACAUGCGACGUUGCAAAUCUGUUCACCAUCAUCGGUACGGCUAAUCCUAUCUUCCGUCAUCACAAGUAUUUGUGGGAUUACUACUAUGAUAUUGAUGAAGACGUGUUGGAGGCUUCGAGUGACAACGUCGUCAAUAACCAGAACAGUCUGUGGGACAGCAAUCUUUUAAAAAAACUUUUGCCAAAAAGUAUCAACGACGCAGCUUCUUUGCAUGCUGUCGAAUUCGACAGGAUGGGAUUACUGGCUGCAUUUGUGAGCCUCAUCAAUGACUUGAAGCCGAACGAGGAGAAUAUUCUAUCUACCUUGAGAAAAAUCAACGUACUACAAAUUCAAAGUCAAUUGAGGGAGUUUAGGGUUGACGAAACCAGCUUGUGCUCGAGAUAUGUGACUGGAUUCAGAGACUUUGUCAAGUUCAAUCAUUUAUUUACACAAGAAUCAUUGACUGUUAUACAGCAAUUUUCAAAUUUGGACCAUCUUAUAUCGAAUCUCUACGAUGCUGCCCAGUCUCUGAGGAGGAGGCAAGAAUUGCUUUCGCAGUUACUGGAUCUGCUAAACGAAGUCAUCUCCUUCAUCGAAAAGAGCCAGGAGAGAUUGACCAUCUUUUUGAGUAUUGCACUAGACUACUCACCAUUUCAAUCACUUUCUGAGGGAAAUCUCAUAGUUAGGGAUUUUUCGACCACUAACUUGCGUCAUGAGGUAGCAGAGACCCUCAAGAAGAACAAAUCAUGGAUCUCUGUUAUCGACAAUAGCGAUACCAGGGGCCUUUUCGAGACAUUCGCCAAGGAGCGGGCUUUGGAUUUGCUCUCGAUGACUCUCUUAUUGAACUCCGAUAUUCACAAAACCAGAGUGACGAAAUCUACAAACCUCGACGGAGCCUCUGUCGACUCAUUAUCAAUCUCCAGCUCCAGUAGCGGGAAUAGCAAUGUGGAGACAAGAAGGCCACGUUCAAUGAGCCUGAAGUGGAUAAAAAGCCUUCACCUUCACAAAAGUAGCGAUAACUUUGUUGAAGAGUCAACUACUCCAUGGUUAGACACGUCUUCCGUUUCAUCUUCGCCUGGAAGAUUUACUUCUACAAAGAGCAGCAAUGCAGAGUCUAUGUCAUCUCUCUCCUCUAUAUCGUCCUCAUCCUCGCGGAAGGUCAGUUAUAAGAGCUUUCGCCAAAAGACCGAAAACAUUAAGAGGUUGGCUACGGAAAUCAUAUUGAGGAUCAAAAGCCACCCCAUUGGUACUUUCUUGAUCAACGAAGAGAUGAGCUCAUUCGGUCAAACACUAUUCCAAGUUUCAGAAGUUGAGUUCAUGCCAAGCUCAUAG